AUGCCUCUUCCCACUGGUGUAUACCGCGCCGACCACGUCGGCUCCUUCCUCCGCCCCAAGGCCGUCCUCGAGGCACGCACAAAAGCUGCCAAUGGCGAAAUCACUGCCGAGGAGCUUCGCAAGGUCGAAGACGAGCACAUUGCCCAGGUUGCAAAGCAGCAAAUAGACAAUGGCCUGCUUUCCGUCACUGAUGGCGAGUUCCGCCGCGCAUACUUUCACCUCGACUUCCUCAAGAACGUCGCUGGUAUCGAAGAGAAGGGUCAGGUUGGAAACAUCAGGCACAAGGACGGCUUCUCCCCGCCAACCCUCGUCGUAACUGGCAAGCUCGGCCACCCCAAAGCUAUCCAGGUCGAGGACUUUCAGUUCCUUGAGCAGGCCAUCAAGAACAAUGGCAGCAAGGCCACAACAAAGGUCUGCAUUCCUUCGCCCACCAUGGUGCACUUCCGUGGUGGCCGUGCCUCCAUCGACAUCUCCGCCUACCCCGACCUCGACGUCUUCUUCGACGACCUCGCACGCGUCUACCAGGAGGAGCUCGACUCCCUCUACAAGGCCGGCUGCCGCUUCGUUCAGCUCGACGACACAAACCUUGCCUACCUGUGCGACCCAGAUAUGCGCAAGGCCGCCGAAACUGAGCGCAACGAGGACCUCAGCACCCUGCCGCGCAAGUACGCCGAGCUCAUCAACAAGGCCAUUGAGAAGAGGCCUGCCGACAUGAAGAUUGGCAUCCAUCUUUGCCGUGGUAACUACCGCUCCAAGUGGUUCGCCUCAGGCGGCUACGAGCCCGUCGCCGAAGUCCUCUUCAAGGAACUCAAUGUCGACGCCUACUUCCUCGAGUACGACGACGCGCGCUCUGGCGACUUCAGCCCCCUGCGCCACCUCCCCGAGCACAAGGUCGUCGUCCUGGGUGUCAUGUCGAGCAAGAAGAACACACUUGAUGACAAGGACGAGAUCAUCAAGAGGUUGCAUGAGGCUGCCAAGAUCACACCAAAUGGUCUUGACCAGCUGUGUGUGAGCCACCAGUGUGGAUUCAGUUCGACUGCUGAGGGUAACGAGUUGACCGAGGAGGAGCAAUGGGCCAAGGUUAGACUUAAUGUUGAGAUUGCCAAGAGCGUUUGGGGUGACGAUAUCGCCAAAUAA